AUGGAUAAGUCAUGGAUACACGAGUCGAAUAGAUUAAGUACUAACUACUUGCAAGGAAUACUAAAUUUCCUACAAUUUGCUCUUAAAUCUUCUAAAGAUGGGAAGCUACCAUGUCCAUGUAUAAAGUGUGUCAAUGCACUCCGAUUUGGCCAAGAUGUUGUUAUGGAUCACAUAAUAAAGCAUGGGUUCUGCAUGAGCUACAUGCAGUGGUAUUGUCAUGGUGAGUCAUUAUCAACUACCAUAGAAGGUGAUCAUUUUAAUAAUCUCAACUUAAAUUAUGGACAAUCUAGCUCAGGUGUACAAGUCGGGAUUCAACAAUUUAUAAAAGAUAUGGUAAUUGGUCAUGCAAACAUUGGAGACAAAGGUUUCAAUAGUGAAAUGGUAGAGCACGUUGACUGUGGUAAUGAUCAAAACAUUGAAAUCGAUGGAAAAGAGUUGAAUGAGGAAGCUCAAAAGUUUUAUGGAUUUUUGAAAAAAACUAAUGAAGUGCUUUUUGAGGGUAGCAAAAAACAUAGCAAACUCUCAUUUAUUCUAGACUUGUUUCACAAGAAAUGCUUGAAUGGGUGGAGUAAUAAAUCUUUCAAAGAUUUGCUUGGUACUUUGAGAGAAACAUUACCAAACGGGGAAAAUUACCAAAGCCAUGUUAUGAGAUGGGUUACAAAUGUAAUGGAUUUCGAUGUUGGGUCAUCUACAAUGAUGAGAAAGAAGAAAAAAAAAGGCAAAAAAAGUGUUAAGCGUAAUGGUGAUGGCUAUUUAAGACAUCCAGCUAAUUCCAUUGCUUGGAAAGAAUUUGAUAAUCGAUAUAAGGAAUUUUCUAAAGAUCCACAUAAUGUUCGACUUGGUUUAGCAAGUGAUGGUUUUAAUCCAUUUCGAAAUAUGAGCAUUUCACCUGGAGACAAAAUUGAUGUAUUCAUGCAGCCUUCAAUUGAUGAGUUGAAUAAUUUAUGGACUAAUGGUCUAGAUACUUAUGAUGCCCAUGGCCACAAUAAGUUUCAAAUGCGUGUUGCUCUAAUGUGGACCAUUAAUGAUUUUCCUGCUUAUGGAAUGUUAUUAGGUUGGAAUACUAAAAGCAAAUUUGCUUGUCCUUCUUGUGGCUUUGACACUUGUUUAAAGUGGUUGGAUAAAGAGGGGAAAUAUUGCUUUAUGGGUCAUCAUCGAUUUUUGCCUCCUAAUCAUCCAUUUAGACGUGACAAGCGUAAUUUUGAUGGUAAAGAUGAAUUGAGAAAAACACCAAUUCGAACAACAGGAUCUAUUGGUUUGAAACAAUUAGAUGGUAAAGUAGUUAUAAAGAAUGAAAAUGGUGAAGCAAUUAAGAAGGAAGAGGCAUGGAACAAAAAAAGCAUAUUUUUCACUUUGCCAUAUUGGGAGUUUAAUUUGGUUCGACAUAAUCUUGAUGUCAUGCACAUUGAGAAGAAUGUGUGUGAUAAUAUAUUAGGAACCUUUGUUGAACUUAGAUGGGAAAACAAAGGAUAA